AUGCCACCACCACCUACGGGGGUGGGUGGCACCACCACUAGUGACAGUUUUAGUGGCAAUGUGGCAGUAUUCGAUCUAACCUUCGGGGAAGAUAACAUGGAAUUAACCUCAGGAACGGAAUCUCACAAUGAAGAUAACCGUCUUCAAAAACCUCAGAGUAGCAAUUCUACUCACACUGAAGGAAAUCCCCUACCUCGAUUCUUCAAUUUGCAAUCGGAUAAGUAUUCUUCUGAUGUUUAUAUUUAUAUGGAGAAAUUGAACAAAGAGAAAAUUGGGAGGCUACAUCCGAAUUUUAUAGGCCAUCUACUUCACAAAAAUUAA